UCAUGAAUGUAUCUUUAAAUUAAAAGUAAAAGUAAUCGUGUCUUUUGUAGCAUUUCUAUAAAUUUAUUUGCGCUUUUCACAUUAGUCGUAUAAAGCCGAUAAAAAUAAGCUGAGAAUAUGGAACUAUUAUCAAAGUUUUAUUUUUGUUUUAGUCUUUUAUUGGCUAUAACAGUAACAAUGAGAGAAGAAAUUAAUAUGCAGAUAAUGAUAAAAAAAAGAAUAGUGCUGUUAGGAAUUCAAUUUCCCGCUCUGUCGAUCUAUCGAUAGGUCUCUUCAUUAUCGAGCGUCACCGCUCGCAACGUCACUAGCGUCACUACUGUACUGUUUGUAUCCGUUUUUGCCUUUUUGUCUAUUGUGUUUCUCGCACUCAUAUACCUUCGUGUUUAUUACUAACUUUAUCAUUUAUUUUAAUCUCAAGUACUAUUGUCAUACUUACACAAGGUCACUUUGUUCUUACAAGUACAAUAUAAAUCGUUUCUGUACCGGAUCACUGCAAGUUCUCUUUCCGCUCUCAUGCCCUAAUAGGUUAUGGGCUCAGUGUCCACAAAAGAACACAAGUUUUGAAGAUGGAGGAACGGAAGAAGUCCCAAAUCAAAAAAAAACCUAAGCAAAAUAUGAAUUACAACGAGCAAAACAUAAAACUAGCUUUACAACAAAUUAGCAAAGGGAUGUCCGUACGUAGCGCUUCGAAAGCACUUGGCAUUCCCAGAACUACGCUUCAAGAUAAAAAAUUUGGACGACAUCAACGAUCAGUUGGAGCUCCUACUAUAUUGACACAAGAUGAGGAAAAAGUUUUUACUAACUGGAUAAUCGAACUGGGAAAGCAAGGAUUUCCAGUAACAAAAGAUCAACUCUUAUACAGUGUUUCCACAUACAUGGCAGAGAAUGGACGAAGCAAUUGUUUCAAGGAUGGAAUUCCAGGGCGCCGAUGGUAUGAAAGUUUUUUAAAUCGUCACAAAGAAAUAUUCAAAAGAGUACCUCAAAAUUUGUCGACGACUAGAGCAAACAUAAAUGAAGAAGGAGUUCGAAAUUGGCAUGCAAAUAUCAAGAACGUUUUUGAAGAAUAUGAUCUCAACCAAGUUUUAACUGACCCCAGUCGUAUUUUUAAUUGCGAUGAAACAGCUUUUUACCUUUGUCCAAAAAAUAAAUUUAUUCUUGCUAAAAAAGGAUCUAAGCAGAUUUAUAAUAGAACAACCAAUGAUGAAAAGGAAUGCCUGACAGUUCUUAAUGGAGCAUCAGCUACUGGAUGUUUAAUACCACCAUUAACUCUGUUCCCAUACAAACGCAUGCCACAGAAUAUUGUUGCAAAAAUGCCUAAAAAUUGGGGAAUAGGGAGAACCGACUCAGGUUGGAUGACAUGCGAGGCAUUUUAUGAAUAUAUAAUAAAUAUUUUUUAUCCGUAUUUGCAACAAAAUAACGUUGAAUUUCCUGUUGUCAUGUUCCUUGAUGGGCAUUCAUCUCAUUUUUCUUUGCAUCUAAGUACAUUUUGCAGAGAAAAAGGUAUUAUUUUAAUCGGCUUGAUACCAAAUGCAACACAUCUUCUGCAACCUAUGGAUGUAUCUCUGUUUCACCCCCUUAAAAACGAGUAGAACAAAAUAAUUUAUGAAUGACGAAUCAAUAAUAACGGUGAACGCCUGAAAAGAGAGGAUUUCUCAAGUUUAGUUAACGAAUGUUUGCAAAGAGCAGCUAAACCAGAAAAAAUACGCAAUGGCUUUAAGAUCUGUGGAUUAUAUCUAUUCGAUGUAAAUGCAGUGCCUUUUGAAAAACUAUUAAAAACUACAACCAAUGAUUCAGAAAAAACAGAAAGUGAAGAAUUAGAGCCAAGAGAAAAAAAUGAAGAUAUUCGCUCAAAUCUGUCAUUCAUUGAAAGUAUGAUAGAAAUCGAAAGAUUACAAGAGUUCAAGAGAUGUGAAAAGACUCAAUGGAAUGGCCAACCAAAAGAUGAGGGUUUUUUUAAUUAAUGGUUAGAAAUUAAAAAAAAAAUUCCGGACUCAUCACUGCAAACUAUGAGUCUUUCGGAAAAUCAAGAAGAUCAUAAUAUAACACCCGAGGCAAAUAUAAAUUUUUCCGCCCUUGAACUUAAUGAGAAUUUUACUGCAAACGAUGUAAUCGACUUGGAGAUGGUUCAGUUAUGAUUUCGACAUCAAAAUCAAGCUGUGCAGAUAAUGUACAGAUUUUCGGACAAUUGGAUGUUUCACCGAUCUCCAACCUAAGAGAGCAACAAGAUGAAAAUGACAACCUCGAAAAUUUUGAUAAACAAACAUUGAUUACUCAAAAAAAAAAUAUUUCCAUCUCCGUUCAAAAAUGCGCUUUUUUGGCCAGACCUCCCAGUUUCAACAACUAAAUCUGGAAAAGUUAAACGUAAAAUAACUCCAUCAGUAGCUGUUGCUGAUGAGUUUAUAGCAUAUCAAAUAAAACUAAAAAAUGAAAAGGAUGAAAAACUAUCGAAAUCGAAAGCUAAGGGUAAGAAAAAAUCAAAUAGGAAUGAAGAUGAAAAUGCCAAAAAUAUGACUGAUGUGAAUACUACAGAAAUAACCAAAGGUGAUUAUGUAGUAAUUCUCUAUGAGGGUGAGAAAUUCCCAGGACUAGUACUCGAUAUUGAAGAAGGACCAAAGUUUAAAAUAAAAACAAUGGCAAUGGGUGGUAUGGGUAUACAGAAUAGAUGGAAAUGGCCUGAUAAGGAUGAUAUUCUAGCCUACGAAAGAGAAGAAAUAGUUAAAAGAAUCUUGCCACCCAUGCUCUUGAAUAGUAGAGAGAUUUAUUCUGUAAACGUUGAUUAAUGGUAUUUACAUAUAACGGUGAUAACAGAUGUAAGAAAAAAUUUAAUCUACGAAAGAGAAAACAUUGUUAAAAAAAUCUACAUUUUUUUUUUACUUAUUUUCUUAAAUAGUAGAGGA